GCGCGCGUCGUUGUGCUCACGCGCGAAACGUUUUUUCGGCUACAUUGGCUCCCGCUUACCCCGCGAAACCCUCACUUUCCCCCAUUACUCGCCUCUCUCUUCCCCGUGCGCGGCGGCGGCGCAUCUAGCAGAUAGCAGAGAGGCCGGCAAGAGGAAAGUUGAAGGCCACCGUCAGUACAUCUAGCAGCAGCAGCACUACUACAACCUGAGAUGGACAGAAAGACAAAGAUGUUAAUUUAUGCGGCUGCGGCGCAAUGGUUUAUCAACAUGAUAACAUUGGUUGUUCAAUCCAGAAAAAGAAAAAGGAGAGAAGCAAUUACGUAUGCCCCAAUUGAUGAGAGAGAUAGGAUGAGAAGAGAGUAUUUUGACAACAAAAUAUGGAAGAAUGACACAACCUGUGUGAACAUGCUUAGGCUUCGGAGAGAACCUUUCUUUAGGUUUUGUCAACUCUUUAGGGAUCGCAACUUGCUAAAGGACACAAUACAUUUGACUAUUGAGCAACAAGUAGCAAUGUUCUUGCACACCGUCGGGCACAACAUUAGAAACAUGGUAAUUGGCGCCAAUUUUGAUAGAUCCGGUGAAGUUGUGAGUCGUUACUUCCAAAGGGUACUCCAUGCCAUUGGCGAGCUUCGAGAUGACCUUAUUAGGAAGCCUUCAUUGGAGACCCAAACCAAAAUAGAAGGAAACUACCGGUGGGAUCCAUACUUUAAGGAUUGUAUUGGAGCUAUUGAUGGUACACAUGUGCGAGCCUUCGUUACACCGGAUAUGGAGGCUUCCUUUCGUGGUAGAAAGACUUAUGCCACUCAAAACGUGAUGGCGGCUGUAGAUUUUGAUCUUCGAUUCACAUAUGUGUUGGCCGGGUGGGAGGGGACAACACAUGAUGCUCUAGUUUUACGUGAUGCUUUAGAACGUGAAAAUGGUCUACGUGUCCCACAAGGAAAUGGCUAAGCAAGUUUCAUGGACACCUAACAUGUCCAAGUUCAUGCUAACAUGGCUAAGUGAUUUGGUCUCUAGUGGCAAUAGAACAAGUACUGCAUUCAAGCAAUCACAGUUCAACGCUUGUGCCAUUGCUUUGAAUGAGCAUUUCCAACUUAGCUUGAAUGGAGAUCAGGUUAAAAAUCAUAAUAGGACAUGGAAGCGAAAACUGCAGAAAAUAGUGAAACUCAAGGACUUGAGUGGUGCACUAUGGGAUGAGGACAAGUCUAUGAUUGUUCUUGAUCAUGAGCAUUACACAAAUCAUGUUAAGGCUCAUCCAGAGGACGAACAGUACCUUAACAAGACUAUUAUUCAUUAUAAGGAGAUGAUGAAUAUAGCUGGAGGGAGCAUGGCUACAGGGCAAUAUGCAAAAGACUCAAGUGACCCUCUUGCUACAGAAGUGGUUAAUCUUGAAGAAGAGACAACCAAGAAACCCACUGCCCCACAUGAAGAGGUUGCACAAUCAACCAAUGCAGGUUCAUUCGGUCCCAAACCAAAAAAGGCCAAACCAAAUCCUUGUGCGGAAGACAGGUUGCAUGCCACCAUACUUGCAUCUAGUGAAAGAAUUGCUAUUGCCAUAGAGAAGAGUUCUAGCACCAAGAACAAUGCCAUAGAUGGUCUUUGGGAGAGCAUGAAAGUACUUCCUGGGUUCAGUUUGGAUUACCUUGCUCAUUACUAUGCAUAUUUGGUUGACAAUCCUCGUGUUGCUAUGGCAUUCAAGGUGUUGGAAGAGGAUCAAAAGAAGGUUUGGGUUUCUAGGUAUGUCAAGAAUACCUUUCCUGAAGCGUAAGGAUGGUGAGUGCAUAUGUGGUGAACUGGUGAUUGACUUGUGCUUUUGAUGCAACCAAAACAGUAACUAUGGGUUGUAUGGAUUAGCUCUUUUGACAACCAAGAAAAUAACUAUGGGUUGUAUAACUAUUAAGUUCUAGUAGUACUCUAUGGAAUGCGGAACUAUGAGUUCUAUGCACUUGACUUAUGUAUGAAAUGUUGAACUAUUAUAUGUGAUGAAGUGUGAAAUUUCUAC